CCCACAGAGUUCCAUGGACAUUUGUGCAUGCAGUAAAACAUUCAGAAGGGUUUUAGACCAGUCAUCAGUUUUUAGGCAUUCACUCAUUGAGGGAGGACAGGGAGGAGGUCUGAUCUGGAGAGUGAAAACAGCUUGCUACUUGGAGAGCCGUCCACAAAAGAACAAACCUCUAAGGGCAGUUCCCUGCAUUGUGCCCCACAAGACAUACUGUAGAGCCAAGAUGUUGGCCUCAGGAAGCACCACUACGUGAGACAGCAUCUGAGCCUGCAAAGAGACGCUGUCUUUUGCUGCUUCGGGAUCCCAGCAAGAAAUGGGAGUCUGAUGGAUUGUAAAUGCACCUGCUUGGUUUAAAGCCCAGCCAAACAGAUAAGUGCCCUUUUAAUUAUCUCAGAACAGUGUUUUAGGCACAGCUGUGCACAGCAUCUCUCUUCAGUUUCAAUUCGGUGAGCCUCUGUGUUUCACCCCUGCAAAUGAAUGCUGUGUGGUUCUCACUUCAGCUGAGAAAUACCAGAUGAUAUUGGUAUUUCACGUUAAGAUAAUUAAUUGGUGUCUGAGGGAACUGCAGCUGAGGGGUUGGGAAGCUCCCGGGGGUCUUUCCCUGCUCCUCCAGAGCCACUGUCUCCAGCAGCCCUGUGAGGUUUUGGGACUCUGAGGAGCAGCUCUGUGGGACCAGAUGAGGCUGAUGUGACCCAUCUGAGCCUUAAGGAGUCCUCUGGGACUCAUUAGGGGUUUAAUAACUAAACUUGGCUGGUUUGAUUGGGAAGAUGCGUGUGCAGGCUUGGCAUGAUCUCAGAGAAACCAGCUCAUGCUGCUGGCAGGAGAGAGGGCUUUCUGCAUGUGCUAGACAUAUGUGUGCAGAGAAAGCGAUAACCCCCACUUCCUCCUGCUGGUCUCCAGGUGGGAAAAUACCUGGGGAUGGGGGAGAAAAGCCUUUGGUUAUCCUGAGUUUAUACAGGGCAUGCAAAUAAGUAUCGUGGGUGACUGGUAACAAGAAUUGUCCCCCUCAAAGUUAAGGGGACAUUUAUAUCUAUAGGUAGAAAAUACAGACUAUCAAGAAAGCACUUUCUGGCUGCUUAAAUCUGCUUCUAUAGGUGACCAAUAUCUCCUCACAGACACACCACUGCAAUUAUUAAAUAAUUCAAUAAAUCCAUAAAAUAGGGUCUAAUGUACGGUGGAACUUCACAAUAGUAUACAGACAUGCAGCUGUGGCAAAUAUAUAGAUAUAAUUUAUAUAUAUUUGCAAUUUACUGCAUUAGAAUAAUGAAAAAAAAAAAAAGCACUGAAGCUGAGUGUCUGAGUAUUGGUGGGGAUGUGUGGGGAUUAUCUACUACUUGCCUUGCCUGCUCUACCGGGGAUAAUUAGCAGUGUAAAGUAUCUACCUUGCUGUUACAAAAACUACAGACAGGUUUGCUGCAGCAAAUUGGACUGCAGUAACUGAUCUGAAUUCGCCUUACCUACCUGAGCAAAAGGUGUGUUCCUUGGUGAAGGUGGCAGCCUAGGACUGAGAGACAGGAGACAGACAAGGCAGGGAAGUGGGAGGUUGCUGCGUUGGGAGCAAACUAGAUUUGGAUCAACUCAUGUGAUCCCUGAAGUCUCUGAAGUUCCCUCUUUUCUAGGAAAAACUUCACUACUGCUGUUACCAAGAAAGCUUUUAUAUUAAUGGAAGAAAUGACAUGUCUGAUAGUAAUGACUAUGCUCUGGUUUGCAAUUGUAAACAGUGAGCCUUGAGGACACUUGGGAGACUGUAGCUUCUGAAUGCAUGACCUUCCUCUGUGAUUAGAAGAAUGGGGAAGGACAAGAAAGAAGAGGCCAUCUUUCUGAGGCAAAAGAUAACUUUGCUGAGGGCUUUCUCGCUCCUCAUCGGCAGCAUGGUUGGCAGUGGCAUCUUUAUCUCCCCAAAAGGAGUACUGAAAAACACUGGCACUGUGGGUUUCUCCCUGGUUGUCUGGUUUGCCUGUGGGCUCCUCUCAAUGUUUGGUGCCUUGUGUUAUGCAGAGCUUGGAACAAGAAUCACCAAGUCUGGAGGACAUUAUAUCUACAUUUUGGAGACACUAGGGCCUCUGCCAAGCUUCUUAUUCCUGUGGGCAGAGUUUUUUGCUAUCAGGCCUGCCAACAGUGCUGUGGUUGCCUUGGCGUUUGGACGGUACAUGCUGGAGCCCUUCUUUGCCCCCUGUGCAGCCCCUGUCCCUGCAGUGAAGCUUGUGUCUCUCAUGGGGUACUACAUGGUCCUCACCCUCAAUUCCUGGAGUGUCACCUGGAGUGCCCGGCUGCAGACGGCUCUCUCCGUUGUUAAACUCCUGGCUCUUGCACUCAUCAUCGUGCCAGGGAUGAUGCUGCUGGCCCAGGGCCACACCGAAAACUUCCAGGAUGCUUUUGACAGAGAGUCACUGGUUUUGGAUACACUCCCCCUGGCUUUUUACGCAGGCAUGUUCGCAUAUUCAGGCUGGUUUCAGGCCAGCUUUGUGCGCGAAGAGUUGGUCAGACCUGAACGAAAUAUCCCCCUGGCUGUCAUCAUCUCUGUGAUCACAGUAAUUGUGGGGUACAUGCUCACCAACGUCUCCUAUUACACAGUCCUGGGAACACAAGAUGUUCUGGCUUCUCCUGCUGUGGCUGUGAGCUUUGUGCAGCGAGCCUUCAAAAGCCUGAUCUCUGUGGUCCCUGUCCUUGUCGCACUGUCCUGCUUUGGAACCAUGAAUGGAGGAAUCUUCACAUUUUCAAGGACUCUGUUUGUGGCUUCCAGGGAAGGACAGUGGCCUCCUCUCUUCUCCAUGAUCCACAUUCGAAGGCAUACACCCCUUCCUGCUGUCAUGUUAAUGUUCCCUUUGGUCACUGCCAUGGUGUGUGUUGGAGAUAUCUACCAUCUGAUGAACUUCUUCAGCUUUUCCCGAUGGCUCUUCAUAGGAUUAGCCACCCUGGGGCUCAUUGUCCAUCGCCACCGUCACCCGGAGCUGCACAGCCCAUUCAAGGUUCCCCUCUUUGUUCCUGUCUCUUUUACCAUCAUCUGCCUCUUCACAGUGGCUAUGUCUUUCUACUCAGACCCUGUGAGCAUCAGCAUCGGAUGCACCGCGGUUUUAAGUGGUUUUCCAGUCUACUAUGUCCUAAUUCAUAGGCAGAUGUCAGACCGUUGCUGUAACCUGUUUUAUUAUCUUACACACAAACUACAGUUACUGCUGGAAGUUGUCCAACAAGAAAUCAAGACUUAUUGAGAAAACUGUCAAAACUCACAGGAGAAAAUAAAAUCUACUUACUCCAUUUCUGACACCUUUGAUCCUUCCAAAAUCAGGCCAUGCUUUUAUUCUUUUAGUGACUGCAAAUGAGGAUGAACCUGGGCCAAAACCUUGCUGCAAGUGUUCCCAAGCUUGCCAAUUGGGAUUGGGAUGCACGUAUCACAUCUGCUUCUGCCCUUUUCUUUUUUCAGAAGAAGAAACUAGCUCUCUGAAAUGAGCUUCCUUUGCCUACAGUGUCUUUGAAAUCAAGAUCCUAAUUUUGCAGCCUAGCCUGGUCCUGAGUAAAACUGUGUGUGUAUACACACACAAUAUUUUAUUUUCUUAACUUGGCAAAUAGAGGAAGGGAGCAUGUUGCAGUACAUAGAAUCCAAUACAUGGAAGCCAAAUGCAGGUUUCAAACUGAAGUGCUAUAGUAUCUGUGCUGUGGGCAAGCAUUAUGAAGGGAGAGGGGUGAGGAGAGCAGAUUAGAGAAAAGGCAGAUGAAUUGGAAAGGAGGAGGCAGGGGAAUAAAACUUCAUUCACCAGAAAGUAGAGAUUCAGGUUAAUAAGGUAUUUUAAAACCAUUUCAAAUUCAAGUAUUAACAAAGUAAGAUCAGAAUGUUUUAUUUUGAUUAUUCUAUAAGCAGAAUAAGUUUUUUUAGCUUUGAAAUCAUCUUUCAACUUUGAAUUUUAUUUUUCUAAAAUGACAUUUUAAAAUGUACAAACACAUUGAACAAAACCAGCUGAAUAUCAACUGGAAUACGAAACAAUAGAUCCUGAUCCCUUCCCAGCCCCACUGCUCUCCAGUGAAUGACUUGCUGAUUCAGUACGUGAAUGCUCAUUUGAACUAAUGGCAUAGGAGAGGUUUCCGUUAUCGGAUUACUUUGGUUUACAUUAUUAAUGUGGCAACAUUAUGUCCAGAUAAAACAGCAAUUAGCUAUUUCCAAUCACAUAAUUGUUAAUCGUUUCCUAGAAGGUGGGAAGUAGCAUGCUGGGACUCCUCUGAUGAUUGCUGGAGAGAGCAACAGCAGAACAUGGAGCAUUUUUAAUCUUUUGUAUCCAGCAUUUAUGUACUUACAAUAAAAACAAAGUACCAUUUACAAAUCCAAUGUCAUCUACUGAAACUUGUAAAAUUUUGGAACUAAGUAAGGUGGGUGUUUUUUUUUCAAAGCAAUUGAGAGUUAUUCUUGUUAUGACUGCUUCCUGUUCCUGUGCUGAAUUAAGCUGGGACAGCAGCAGUGUGGUUGGUAGGGCUCAUUUCCCCACUUCCCCCCCUCCAAUUUAAUUUACAAGCUGCUGGACAUCGUCCAACAGGAAAUCCAGUCUUAUUGAGAAAACCAUUGAGAAAACCUACAGGAGAAGAUACUGGCUUUAAAUGCUAGUGUGGUUUCAAAUGAGAUCUAGAAAUGUUUCCAGGAACCCAGACAAGAGUUGGUCCCUCCUCAUGCCAAGCUUUGCUGAAGCUGAACCCCUUGGCACACCUUUCCACAGCAGCCCAUGGACAGGACCCUGUGUGAGUGGCCAGGGAACCAACCUGCAGAAGACCUUGCAGAACCAGGUGAGCCUGGUCACCCCAACAUUUCCCGAGUCCAGCUGCUUAGGUGCUGAUUUGGGGGAUUUUCCACAGCUUGAGGUAGAAGCAUGAGGUGCUGUCAGCCUGGUCCCAUGCUGCAAGACCCCUGUGAGCACAGCGUGCCCAUGCCAUAGCACCAGUACUCCCACAUCAAACCUUGGAGCAGUUUGAAACUGCAACAGAGCUGCUGUGUGUCUGCAGACAGGCACAGAGAAAGGGUGAAGUGUCCCUUCUUUGUCUGUUUCCUCUGAAGAGAAAAAGUGAACAAGAAUUGAAAUUCCUGGGAGAAAACUAAGAAACCCUAUCUGGAGGACCAUGGUUUUUUUUUAAUACAGGAUAAAUCGUUUGACAUAUGCAGGGAAACCACACUUGGGUGCCUCUGCUGACUGUGCAGGAAUAUGAUCUUGCAGGGCUAUAUAUAUGAUGUCUGCUCCAAGACCUGUCAGAUACUGGAAAUACAGACAGAUAUAGGACUGUGGCUGCACUGACAGUGAGAAAUCUGAGGUUCAACAGCUCCAUGGAUGACAUUGCAAUUAAAAGGGAUAAAAACAAUAAAAAAAAAAGAUGCUCACAAGGUAUCAAUUUACAGUGAGCUCAAGUCUCCAGUUUGUGGAGAGUUGUUUGCUUUUAGAGAGGAUGGUAUGCUGCUCCCAGCAAAGCUAUGUAAACAUUUUCUACCAAGCCAGAAUGUUUUUCCUAGAGCUACCUCAUGCAUACUGAAAUUCUUAGCUUCAGUUCAGAAGUGUAUUUUACUAGAGAAUUCACAUAAGCAAAAAUGAAGCUCUAGGACCUGAUCCUAUAAAUCUCAUCAGUCAAAGGGAAGCAUAAAAGCAUAAAAGUUAUGCUACUGUGGAGAUGAAAGCCAGAUACUACAUAGCAGGUCAAAAGCCAGACAAGACAGGCCAGAUGCGGAAGAAAGUAAGUUCAGCUUCAUAAUCACAUUUGUGGCAUUAUGUUUUGAAUUUUUUUUUUUAAUACUAUGUCUAUGAAAUGCACUCAGAGUGCACCCUUUCCAGAAACUCAAACAGAGAUUUAUGUGUUUCGGCCGCUACUGAUCUAGUGUGACUGGAUCAUCGUGAAAUAAAAAUGUUCAGGGUAAUCCAACUGAACGCAAUUUGUGUAACAAAAAAAAUUAAAGUAAUGUUUACAUCUGAAAAAGUUUGCAUAGUCAAGACUACUUGACCUGUUGUUAAGCUUUAUGCUUCAGUGCUAUGUUGGGAAACACUGUCAGCUUUUUAGACUGAAAGGCUCGAGGUCAGACUGGAAAGCUCCUAACCCUUCUCUGAUUUCCAUGGGGAAGAGCAGAGCUGAGGAUCAGACUUCAAAGUACAGGAAUGCAAACACUUGGGACUGUGCACAGCUCAGAGGGCUGACUGAGCCUGCCUCACAGGGCUCUGUGCUUGGCACACACUGGUUUGUGUGGCUCCAUGCAGCACUGAAUACUGCAACCCCGCCAGCAGUGUGAUAACCAGCCUGGGGAGAGCAUGUUGAGCGAUGUACCCACUUUCUGCACUGAGGUUUGGGGUUCACUUUGCAAGGCAUCACCAGUUUUUGGCUUUCAAAGAACGAUGUUCAGCAGAAGCUACUCCUUGAUGAAAGGAGAAGGUCCUGAAUAUCCCCGGCCACUAGAAAGUUGGGAGGAAUCGGCUUCAGGUAAGUGCUGGUGUGCAAUGAAGGGGAACCAAGCAGUAGGAAUAAAGCAUGCUGCUUUGUAAUGAUGCUGAUUUUGCAGAUAUAUGUGCCAGAAACGUCUGCUGCGCCUGGCUGGGUGUGCUCACGCCUGUGCAGACGCGCAUGCGUAUGUCGCAAUAACCAGAAGGAAAUGUUACUCAGCUCCGUUUUCCUGAGGGUCUGUGGCACAGAGGUAUCCAUGCUGUCCCACGGAGAGAGGCUUCGACAGAGACAGCAAGCCAGUGCUAGCAGCAGCACCAUUGUGCUGUGCAGAGGGGAGAAAAGGGAUGGCCACAUCCAAAGAAACCUCCUGCUGGAUCUCUUGAAUCUCCUGCAGUGGGACUGAUCUCCUGCAAUGGUCGAGAAGACGAGUUUGGAGCAUUUUCUAGGAACAGACCUGGCUGCUGUUACUGAGCAGAAAGAGUGACCGUGGUCUGAAGGCAGCACUGGAACAAGCGACAUUUGCAAAGGAGACUUGAGUCUUUCCUCACUCUUUCUUCUGGCAGUCCAGGGACUGCCAAGCCUUUGUUGUGUGGACCUUUGCACUGUAAAUAGCUCUGUGAGGGAGCUCCUCCUAUAACCAUUUCCUCUCACUAGCCUGCUCCAAAUUCCCAUGAUCCCUGCUGAAGUAUGAAGGACGUCAGAGCCGGAUACAUGAUCAUUUCCAAUUUCUGUUUCCGUAUUGUGUUCAAAUUCUUCAGGCAGCUCAGAGCAGACCCUUGCCGCAGACCCUUGCAAGCUCCACGGCUGGCAGGGGGGCGUCUCUCAGCUAUGGGUAUGUGAUCCACGAUAGUUAAUGUUGCAGGGACAGUGAAGUGGUGAAAAAAGCGUUGUCUGGGUCUAAAACUGGGAUAUUGAAUGGAGGCUGAAGCACAGCAGCAAGCAAAGUAAAAUCCUCCAAAUUGGAAUUAUUGGUGGCUACCUGUUUCAGCUUCUUCUUUUUGUAGGUGCUGUGUCUCUAGGGUAGACUGCAGAGCAGAGGCUUUGCUGGGAGGCAAGGUGUGUGUGUAUGUUUUGCUCUCGACCUGGUCAUCUG